AUGCCUGAGCUUCCCAAGGAAAUGCAAGCGCUUAGAUACUCCAAGCCGGAGGUAUUCAGCGUCGUCACAGUGCCUCUCCCAAAGCUUCGGGAUAACGACGUUUUGAUCAAAGUGAAGGCGUGUGGUGUGUGUGGGACUGAUCUCCAUAUCCAUGAAGGAGAGUUCAUUGCGAAGUUCCCCCUCAUUCCUGGACAUGAGACCGUUGGUGUCGUUGCCGCCAUUGGACCGAAAGUCAAAGGCUUCACAGUUGGUGAGCGUGUCGUAGCAGACAAUUCCGAGCUUUGCGAGGAAUGCUUCUACUGCCGACGUGGAGAGCUUUUGCUCUGCGAGAACUUCAAUGCUCACGGUGUUACCAUGGACGGCGGCUUUGCCGAGUACUGUGCAUAUCCUGCCGCUAAGGUCUUCAAGAUUCACAAUCUUUCGGAUGUUGAUGCCACCCUUCUCGAGCCUGCAUCUUGUGCUGCACAUGGACUUGACAAGAUCUCUCCCAAGAUGGGGUCAUCCGUUCUGAUGUUUGGAGCUGGACCAACUGGAUUAGUUCUUGCCCAGAUGCUUCGACAAAAUGGCGGCUGCAAGGUCGUUGUCGCUGCUCCCCAAGGGAUCAAGAUGGACCUGGCCAGAAAGCUCGGUGCUGGCGAUGAAUACAUUGAACUUUCCCGUUCAAACCCAGAAGUUCAAUUCCAGAAGAUCAAGGAUGAAAACCCAUACGGUUUCGACAUCGUCGUUGAAGCUACCGGCUCCCCCAAGAUUCUCGAGGAUGCUAUCAACUACGUUCGCCGAGGCGGUAAAUUGGUUGUCUAUGGUGUGUACUCCGCCGCUGCUCGUGUUUCUUGGCCACCCAGCAAGAUCUUUGGUGAUGAGAUCACAAUCCUUGGAUCGUUCUCCGAGACCUACAUGUUCCCUGCUGCCAUUGACUAUCUCGACUCUGGCAAGGUCAAGGUCGAAGGGAUCGUCAAUAAGACCUUCAAGCUCGACCAGUGGGCUGAGUGCUUGGAGUCCAUGAAGAACAAGAGCGCAAUCAAGGCUGCCAUUGUUUUCGACGACUAA